UAAAGGUUAAAUUUUAGAACAAUUAUACAACAGGGAAGAAUGUAGCAGGUAUGACUUGUGAAGAGAGAAAAAUAGCAGCAGUGGUUGGUGCACUGAUAGCAGAUGCAGCAGCACAACCACUUCAUUGGAAUUAUAAAAUUGACAAACUUAACAGUAUCAUUGGAGAUGAGAAAGAAAUUGCAUUCUGGGAACCAUCUGCCAAUCCAUUCUACUGCAGACCAACAGGAAGUCACAGUUGCUAUGGUGACCAGUCACACGUCAUUUUAAAAUCAUUGGUUUCAAAUAAUGGUUUGGAUGUCCGUAGUCUUCAGAAAUCUACGUAUGAAUUCUUUGGACCAAACACAGACUAUGAUGACAAAGACAACAAAGAAUAUGAAUCAAAAUCAGAUGUUUCAAAGAAAGUAUAUCCUAUAAAAGCUGGAUGGAGGCAUGCUAGUAUAAAAACAUUUUUGAAGAAAUAUGAGGAGGGGUUAGAAGACACAGGAUGUGAUAAAGAUGAACAGAUGGAUUGUGUCCUAAGAAUUGUUCCUGUGGUUGCUCUGUAUGCCGGUAGACCUGAUAUGUUAGAGAAGGCUGAGAGUGUUAUAAGAGUAACACAGAAUUCUGACACAUCUGUUGCUGUCGGUUUGGCUGCAGCAAGGAUACUAGAGCAGUAUAUAUUGUAUGGUAAAAAGGAAGAUGCAAUGGAGUGUGUGAUAGAAGAGUUGAGUAAUCCUAACAGAACCAAUCCUCAGGACUUAGAUAAAGCUUUAGCUGGACAGUUGAGAGAGGUUCUACAAUGCAAAGAUAUUGAUCAUAGAACUGCAGCAAAGAAGUUUAGGAUUGACUGAGCCAUACCUGGUGCAUUCCAGUUAACUACUCAUGAGGUACUGACUGGUUCCAGUUAUACUGGUUCCAUACAAGAAACCAUGAGAUCUGGAGGGUGCACCUGUUCUAGGGGAGGCUUUAUUGGAGCUUGUUUUGCUGCUCAGAAUGGCCUAGCUGGUAUACCAGACACUUGGAAAGAGAAGACACUGAAUUAUAAAGAUGUCAUCGAACUUUCACAGAAAUUGGUGAAGAUACCAUUAGUAUAAGGCUAAACCACUGGAUUAGUUAAUGAAUAAGAUGAAAUUUUAUGAAGACAAUUUUUUUUUUUAAAUUUAAGUUUCUAAACAUUUCGCAUAUUGUAAUUUGACCCACUGAAAAAAAUGUUGAAGCAUGAAUUUUUUUACAUUUAGAGUACAAGUACUUGUUUAAUAGUUUGAUAAACUAAUCUCUUACAAUUUAGAUAAAAAUCCUACUGUUUGACACCUAAAAUAUUGCAUAGGAAGUAUUUCCAUAGAAAAAGCAGGGUGAAGAUUUAUUUACCUGAACUGAAAUAAAAAUCUUUUUUUUCUGAUAAAAAUGUCAACAAAGUAUGACAGAUUUGUUUCAAUCCAAAUUGGAGAAUAAAUUUUGAUUUCAUAAAGAAAUUAUGUUGACUCAAUUUUGUUAGAAAAAAAGUUAGAAUAUUUGGCAUGUGUAAACUUGUAAUAAACUAUCUUUUUAACAAAUAUGAUUACAAGAAAUAAAGAUGUUCUCAAAAUAUAUAAGAUCAACCUAGAUGUUGUGGACAAUGGAAGUAUUAACUGAUGACAAAUUUAUCCUAAUCCUAAUAAUAAGGGAGAAUAAAUUUAGAUUAUUAUAUUUGCUUUGGUACAUACCAUUCUGUCUCAACAUUUUUGUAUUUUGAAUCAUGUAUAUAAGAGAAUGUUCUUGUAAGGUUUAUUCUAUGUAUAUUUGCAGGUUUUUUGGUCAUUUUCAAUUUAAUACAAGCAAACACAUGUUUAUUUACAUUGAUAAUUAAAUUUGUUUUGUUGUCUG